UUUGUUCGUCUACUGUUUUGCCCGUCAAUGCGACGCUUCCUUCGCUCACCACUUACGGUCAUCGACGUAAUCUCAACGUCGGCAUUCUAUUUCGAGUGGUUGCUCCACGCUAUUCUCAUACAAACUGGUGAGCUAAGAUCUCUAGUCACAAUUGAUUUCCUCUCAAUGAUCUGUGUGCUACGUCUUUUUAAGCUCACUCAGCACUUUUCCGGUCUGAAAAUCCUCAUACAAACGUUUAAGGGUGACAGUAAACUCGAAGUGGCCAAAGUUGUAGGGUGGCGACAGUGA